CUUCUGGUUGAUCAUUCAGUAAUCAUGGCUCGAAUUUUAACUUUGGCAGCAUUAGUUUCUAUCUCUCUGGCAUUUCCUCAGAAUGCCAAAAUUGAACAAUACGAUUCAUCUGAUUCUCUUAGAAUUGUUGGAGGAUCCAACGCAUCAAUAAACGAUUUUCCCUAUGCAGCACAAAUUACUACGGGUUAUUACUUUUGCGGUGGAUCAAUAUUGUCGAACGCAUGGAUACUUACGGCGGGUCACUGUUUAGUUGACGCAAAUGUAGCAAAUGUAGAAGUUCUUGUUGGUACUCAACGUAAAGGAGGCGUUGAUGGUCUUCUAGUACAAGCUGAAGAACUCUUCAUCCAUCCUCAGUACUCAGAGCCUCCUAAAUCGAUGAAGGCAGGUGCCGACUAUGAUGUCGGUUUGAUUAAAUUGUUACACAAUUUGACCUUCAGUGAUACAAUUCGGAGUAUUCGACUAAUUAAUGAAAAUCAACAAAUAGCACCAGGAACCAAUGCCACGCUUGUAGGAUGGGGAUUGCAGUCAGAAAAUGUUAAUGACACUUAUACUGAUGUACUUCAAGCAGUUUCUGUUCCAGUUAUCGCACAAGACAGAUGCAGAAGUAUUCUUAACCUUACCGAAGAGUACCUCACUGAUAGAAUGCUGUGUGCUGGUUACGCCGAAGGUGGCAAGGAUUCCUGUUCCGGUGAUUCUGGAGGACCCAUGGUUGUCAAUAACACCCUCAUCGGUAUCGUAUCAUGGGGUCGUGGGUGUGCGCGGGCAGAAAUUCCAGGAGUGUACACUAACGUUACAUCUAUUCGUCAGUACAUUAGAGAUACUGCAUCACUUUAAAAGAAAAAGAUACUUAUUAAAGUAAACAAGAUUUACUAAUAAUCGAGUUGUUUCCUUUUUUAAUCCUCUUCUCCGGCAUUGAUUCUUAUUUCAGAAAUGUCGAAUCAUAAUUAAUAAUAGAAUAAUAAUUAAUUUUAUAUCUUUGUCAGUAUGACCUUUAUUUUUCAAACAAUGGACAUUUAUGUUCUAGUUUUGAAAUAUCUAAUUACACGUAUUUAUAACAGCGGUUCUAUGUAAAAUAGGCACAGUAUAUGUAUGUAUUUUGACUUCAUAAUUCAAGAAAUAUAAACCAACGGAAAUUUUAA